GUGACUUAUCAGGUGGUUGUUAAGUAAGCUGGAGUCGGAGGGAGAGUUUUCUUUCAAUUGCACUUCGUACUUCUAAACAAGAAGGAAGUAGAUUUCCUACUCCUCCGGUUUAUAAACAGAGUAGGAAGUGAGGCUUUUAGUGUCAUCGGGAAGGUUUGACAAUGGCCGGCGGCUCGGUGUCCGAGUGUAAAGAGUACUUGUUUAAAGUGUUGGUGAUCGGCGAGUUAGGCGUGGGGAAAACUAGUAUCAUUAAACGUUAUGUCCAUGAGCUGUUUUCGCAGCACUACAGGGCAACUAUCGGCGUUGAUUUUGCUCUCAAAGUUAUAAACUGGGACAGCAAGACGUUGGUGAGACUACAGCUGUGGGACAUAGCAGGUCAGGAGCGGUUUGGGAAUAUGACCCGGGUUUAUUACAAGGAGGCAGUGGGGGCCCUUGUGGUCUUUGACGUGACGCGGAGCUCCACCUUCGAUGCCAUCUCCAAGUGGAAGCAUGACCUGGACACCAAGGUGAAGUUACCCAACGGGAACCCCAUUCCAUCUGUGCUGCUGGCCAACAAGUGUGACCAGAAGGAUGCGAGCAGCACCAGUCCCAGCGCCUUGGACGGCUUCUGCAAGGAGGCUGGCUUUCUGGGGUGGUUCGAAACCUCUGCCAAGGACAACAUCAACGUGGACGAGGCGGCUCGGUUCCUGGUGGAGAACAUCCUGGCGAGCGUGAAGGGACUUCCCUACGAGGAGAAUACUGGGGACCGGGUCCAACUGGACCAGGACAUGGCGGUGGCUGAAAGCAAGUCUGGAUGCUGCUAGCGGUGACUAGCUGAAGGAGCUACUGGGUCAAGGACUGUGGUCCAGUGCCAGCGAUGGAGGGGGGUCUUCAGAGCUUGAUCCGGAACAGUCUCUGAAAUGUUCCCCAGUCUGUGCUCAGAUGACGGAGUCCUCUCCUGGUUCCAACGUCUUCACUACAUUUCUCAGACACAAUUAGGGUGCAUAUUAUACUAUAAAUAAUUAGUUUAGAGGCAUCAGAGAACACUCCUGAGCUCAGAUAAUGAUCAACGCAAUCAUGUCAUGGUUUUAGAACCUGUUCUUCCUCUGAGAUUCUCAUCAGUUCAUUCUGAAUGAUGGCUAAAAAAUUUUAUUAUAGGGUCUUUUUUUAAAUAAAGUCUCCUAAAAUAAUAUAUAAAAUAAUAAAAAAACAGAUGAGUUAGGUUUUUUUUUCAUUAAUUUUUAAACAAUAUAACUGAGAGAACCCUUUUUAAACACUCUGGGGACUUUUAAUUCAAAAAUGGAGAAAAAUUUGGUAACACUUAACUUGAGGGUGCAUAGUAACCUAGUAGCUCAGUUACUACUCAAGUAUGAAUCAUACACAAACUGCAUGAAAUACCUGAACCGUUAUCACUUAACAAACAUGGGAUCAGUACGUAACUAACACUUACUUUCUGGAUAUUUAAUGCUUUAGAUUAGAGUGUGCUACUACUACACGUACGUGCCCCCUCAAGUAGUGUUACCAAAAAUGUAAACACAAGUAACUUUUUCAUAAUGGAAAAAUGCAUUCCAGUGUUGUAACAGCAUUUUUUUGUUGCCAAAACAGGAGACGGUCAUGCAUCGUGUUGUCAUGCAUAAUGACGUAUCAGAUGGAACAUAGCUUCAGGAUGAGGAGGUAGUUUUCAUUUGUCUGCAUGAAAGUCUGUUGUUAAGCGAAACCUUCUGCAGGAAAAGUGAAGUCAUGGAGUGUUUCUCUUAUGUUAGUGUUGUGUGUAAGUUUCAUCUGUCAGAUUUAUUUUGGUUAAUGGGUGUCUUUGCAUAGUGUUUUACAGAUCGACAAAGCCUUAUUUUCAGUGAAGAAUCCUCACUUGUUCUUAAAUUCUGUUUUAAAACACAGGCCAGGUAGUACUGAAAUGUGUUGAGGGUUUGAAAAUGGUAUCACCUGUGUGAAACACUCUGGGUGUCAAUUCAUCAAAUUUUUGACCAUCCCAUGCUGAAAUGGCAACUUCCUGUUCAAAGUCAAUAAAUUCCCCUGCCUGCUUCCUGUCGAAAGGAAGCGAAUUAUACUCCCCGCAUCACUAUGGAAACUUCGCAGUGAAGCAGUAGCCCUCAUAUGCUCUUGCUUUGUGAGCGGUGAGAAUCACCACCUUGAAAACUGACCUCUCCACACUCUGAUACACACACCUCUCACGGAUACUGAAUUCACUAUGCCUCACCCAGCCUGCAUGGUCGGUCAGUGAACCAGUGUGCUGUGAAAUGGUCUCAUCCUUUCUCUGUGGUGGUGAAGCCGUCGCAGCUCUUCCACAAGCCUCAGUAUUCUGUUCACAGUUUGAAAUUUCCAGGACAUCACACUGCCCUUUUAAUUGCUGCUAAAUGAUUGCUCUCCCUUGAUGGACAUGCUUAUUGUAUUUUCUGGUACGAGCCUCCCGCAGUGUGCCAGCAUUAGGCUACAAGUUUUGUUUUUGUUCUGAAUGUAAGCAGCAAUAUUAAUGCAGUUUUAUUAUUAAUGGUGAUGUAUGUAAAUUCAUUCAAACUGAGGGUGAUAUAAAAACAAUGGAAGCUAAUUUAAGAGCAUCAGUAGUUUCUGAGUUCCUGAUAUUUGUCAGCAAGGUUUUUCUGAGGAUUCCAUAGACGAGACAAACUGGUUUGGUCAGUCUCUUUCCUUAAUGUGCUUGUACCAGUUUAAGGUGGAUCCAUUGCGAUACAUAUAUAUAUAUAUAUAUACACACACACUUUUCACCUGAAUGCAAUAUAUAUUAGCUUAGCACAACUCAACAGUUCUAAAUUGAAGAGAGAAUUCUUGUGUGUUCAGAAGCUACAGCUAGAACCUCAUAACAUUGGAUUGCUUUGUUUGUCCUCCUGAAUCGAUUAUCUCUGUUCUUCAUGUUUCGCCUCUGAAAUGGAAAUUACAAGCUCAGCUCCUCCUCCUUAAGUCACAUUCACAUUCAUGUUAUCUGGACGGGCAUUUACUUCGUACUCUGCUCCCUUCCUUAAUGCCAAAAUGAUCAGAUCGAACGGGCCCAUGCUCAUGUCAUGUGCAAGAAUGUGCUAAUAAAGUGUUAUUGCUUUUUUUUUACUAAUUAUAAUUUGAAUUUUGCUUCAAAUUAAAGGUACUAUUGUCUAAUAAUGUAUUAAUAGUCUUUCAUAUUUAUUGGAUGGAAUUUUCCUGUAAACUUAAAAUGUAAAUGGUGCUUGAUAUAUCACACUGUAGAUUUAUGGUUUUAUACUUCAUUGUUUUAUAACAUUUCCUUUAAUGGUGGAUCCAUGCAAUUCUAAACUUGGAAUGCUGUAGUAGAUUUAGUGACUUCAAAUUAGUAACUUGUAAUUUGGAAUGUCUGUUCUGCAUACUGUUACUAAAUUCUAUGCAGUAAAUUUGAUUUCUUCAA